UUAGCCUGCUUUGCAUUUGCAUCUCCUUGUCAUUGUCGUUCAGUUUAUUUGGCAACUUGCCGGCUAGUAAAGAGGUUCAUUGUAACCUGGUAUCCAUGUGUAUUAAUGCUUAACGAAUUUGAUUCGACACUAAACAAAACAUCAGGUACAGUAAGUGCACCAAAGAGUCAAUCUCAACUCGAACCAAAUCAGACUCAGUCAGCAUUCAGUAGUGGAUACUUUUCGGAGACUUUUGAUCCUCUCUGUUCCACAACUGGAAACUCUGCCAAAGAUGUGAGAAAGUCUGUUGAUCAGAACUCAUUCACACCGGUUCCUUUAGACCAAAAAACUAAUUCUUGGGCAUCGCUCGAAAAUGCAGCAGAUGCCGAAAAUGUUACGUCAUCUGAAAAAGUGACAAGACCGGUAGCAUCCUUGCCUCCGGAUCUCGUCAGCUUUGUAGUACCUCUUUCUUCUCAUCGUCGAGCAUCGUCUCAUGAAUACAGUGACUAUCAGUCAGAUAACGAGUUCGCUCCUCUGAUGGACAUGGAUCUGAUUCCGAGAGAUGUCGUGGAAGAUAAGAACUUAAACAGGUUCCCUGAUGACCCUGGAUUCAUGGAGACUAUCCAAGAUGCACAGAACGCCAUAGAGCAGGGUAUUCUCCCGGAGUUAAUCACGCAGGGCUCAAGUGGGAGUUACUUCGUGCGAAACACCGAAAAACAAGUUAUCGGUGUAUUCAAACCAAAGAGCGAGGAACCUUAUGGUAACAUGAACCCAAAGCUGAUGAAGUGGCUCCAUAAAAUGUGUUGCCCUUGCUGCUUCGGGAGAGGUUGUCUAAUUCCAAAUCAGGGUUACCUUUCAGAGGCUGCAGCGUCAGUUGUGGAUAAGAAGUUACAGUUAGGAAUUGUCCCUACAACAAAAGUUGUUUGGCUCGCUAGCGAAUCAUUUAAUUAUACGAAGCUAGAACGGGCUAAAAGCAAUAUGAAGAAAAAUAUAAUGGCUAAAACACCGACCCUUGGCAAAAAGUUCCACAGGUUGGGUUUGCCAUCAAAAGUCGGAUCUUUCCAGCGCUUUGUCACGGGUUAUAAACAGUCUGAUUACUAUUUACGUGUGUUCGCAUCCGAAGGAAUUUCAGAACAAAGUAGCAAAGCAUUUCAACUGCAAUUCGAACGUCUAGUUGUAUUAGAUUACAUUAUUCGCAACACAGACCGGGGAAACGACAACUGGCUUAUAAAGUACGAACGACCGAACACAUCGAGUCGUAAUAGCUCGGCUCGUAGUAGUCCUCGAAAUUCGAUGAAACUGACGCGGAAUUCGUCCUCUAACGCACUGCCGACGACAGCCGAAAGAUUUGACAACCGAGAUACGAAUAGCUCAGAUGUUCUUGUGACAUUCGGUCCUGGCGGAGAUAGCGGUCGGGUGCAAUUUCAGCAAGGCGAUAGACCAGUUAGCCGAGAACCUUCAAUUUCACGGCAGUUCUUAGACCCUAAAAUAAUUGAGCGAAACGCGAGCGAAGAGCUUAAAGUGGCAGCAAUUGAUCAUGGAUUAGCUUUCCCGUUUAAACAUCCCGAUAGUUGGCGAAUGUACCCUUACCAUUGGGUAUGGUUGCCCUACAGUAAAAUUCCAUUCUCACAGGAAACGAGAGAUCAAAUACUGCCUCUGAUCAGCGACAUGAGCUUCGUAGAAGAAAUUUGCAAAGAAUUAGAUACGCUGUUUAGAAUCGACUCGGGAUUUGACAAGCGAUUAUUUGAGCGUCAAAUGUCAGUUUUGCGCGGUCAGAUUUUGAACUUAAGUUACUGUUUGAAAGAAGGCAGAAGUCCCCUACAGUUAGUCCAAAUGCCACUAAGCGUAGUGGAGCGAACGUCGUCGAACCAUACACACGGAAUAGAAGAACAUUCCCGUUUCCAUGACGACCGAAUUCCCGUGGGAGGAAGUGGCGGCACAGUCGGUCAGGCUAAAGCUAGAAUUCGUCAUCUGGGAGAUCAAUUUAGUCAAUCAUUUCACAAAAAGAAGCCUUUUUUCUCUUGGUGGUAAAAAUCAGCUUGGAUGAAUUUAUUUUGCAUUAUGAUGCCCUCAAAUUUCUGCAGUUUCUGCAAUAUUUAUGUAGUAAAAUCACUUAAAGAAUAAUAAACGAUAAUCGCUUCAAAUCAGAUCUUAUUAGUAGUCAAAUUUUUUCAUGCUGGUAUCCGUAUACAAUAAAUAAAUGUUCAUUUUAAAAAGCAUUGUAUUUAAUUUACAUGUUUUUCUGUACUCA